AUGGACAACCAAAGCCUGGUGGAAGCCAAUGCCACGACCUGUGAUGGGGGGAGAUCUGCAGCGGAGGUGGUGGCGGCGACCUGGAAAACCUGCAUUAUUGCGGUCCUGGGCGGCCUGAUCAUCCUGGGCAACACUGCGGUCAUGACGGUCAUCUCCUCCUCAGUCUCGGGCUGGUCCAAAAACAGCCGCUACGUCCUGAUAUCGCUGACCGGCGCCGAUGCUGCUUUGGCUCUGAUCGUCAUCCCCCUGAACCUGUACGGGAGCCGCGUCCCUGAGCUCAGACACCAGCUGGACCCUGCCUUCUGCCACCUGGCCGUCUUCCUCAACGCCAGUAUCCUCACCUCCUCCAUCUACUCCCUGGCCACCAUCAGCAUCGAGCGCUACAUCGCUGUGUUCUUCCCUCUCAGGUACUCCCGGCUGAUGACCAGUUUCAGGAUCAAAGCCCUCAUUGCUCUGGCCUGGCUCAUGCCACCCAUCCUGUUGCUGCCCAUAUCAGUCCCCAGGGGAGUGGUCCAGGUCUACUUCUCCAGCUCAUCUUUGAUCUGCAACCUGGAUUUUUCCAGCAACCUCCCUUACUCCUUGAUGCUGACCGCCUUCAUCUUCUUCCCCUGCUCCCUCAUCAUGACCUUCGCCAAUUUCCGCCUCUGGUUUGCAGCCAGGAGUCAACUUAAUCGGUUUAAGCCCUCCAAAGUGAGCAGGAGACGACACGAUUCUGCCUCUAGGAUUCUGGUGCCUGUGGUUAUAGUUUAUUACACCUGCUGGACACCCUGUGUCUGCAACAUCCUCUAUCAGGCUCUAACGCAACAGAGGGUGUCGGAGUGGUUGGAGUUUGUUGCCCUCUGGUUACCAUGUGGAAAUGGCUUUCUCAACUGUAUUGUAUACUUCUGGAUGAACAAGAGCUUCAGAAAAAAGUUUCAGAAAAUGAUGAACAGACUUGUGGGAUCCAAGUGUUUUGCAACCAGAGAGAACUUUAUUGUCCAAUUUCCUAAUGGCCACUCUUUCAAGAUUUGUGAUCGUCCCGAUCAACAACUGCAGCUUGCAGAAGCUUAUUUGACUGUUAAGACCAUCGGUAAUUCUUCAUAA